AUGGACCGUCACUGUUUAGAAUAUGACAGAAUGCGGACAAUAAAGUAAUGAAAAACAUUGUAGCAGAGCUCCUAUAUCCCAGCUGGAUAGCUCAGUUAAAAUCUCUCUGAGCUGGAAGAAGCACUGGUUGGUGAUUACAGCCCCCUUUCCCAGUAAUCAGGCAACAAAUGAUUCUGGAAGUACAACGGGUUUUAUUGGAAACAAAGUGGUCUUUUGUACAUGCACCCCCAAAAUGGGUUCUCCAUUCAAUACAUAGGUGAACCCGCCCUGGUGUCUCUGUGUCUGUGAGAAAAUUGUUAUCCUUCGCUGAAACUAAUUAUCUGCCGGAUACAGAGAGCCCAACACAAAAUACCCCCAAAAUAACAAUAAAACAGCCACGAAACCCCCACACAUUGUACAUCCCCGGCAGGUUUGAACUGAGUGCCCGUUGUGGAAAAAUAACACCUGGAUCCAUGGGGAAUUGGAAAAUUACCAUGGGGAUUUGACCAGUUGCUAUUAAAGUCCUAGCGGUAAUGAGUUCCGAAAGAGCCAGAGAGAACCACAAAGACCUGAACUCCGGGUCGGCUGCGGUCACCAACAUUGCCCAUCCAACUUCAACCCUUGUUUUCACCUACUUCCCAUAGGACUAGGAAUUGGAGGGGAGGUACAAGAGACUAUGCUGAACAAUCGCUCCCUUAGAGCCCACAGGAGCUCCCAAAAUUUGACCGGCAAAGGACACAAGGAACUCAAGGUCCCAUAAAAAGCAGCACCAGUCUCUGUUCUGUCACCCUGUAUAAAAUCAGCUACUAGGAUUUCCCACGCCAGCAAAGUAGAGGCAUCCCUUCAGUGCAUUUUUUCCCCACUAAUUUCUAGAUCAUAGAUCUUAAAAUAAUCAGAAAAGCAUCCAUUUCAUCUUAUUUUAUUUCACCCAAUACAGCUGAUAAUGCAACAAAAAAUGUCAGCAAGGGGGGCGGGGCCUGACAGCCAAGAUGGCCGGUCGCACUUCAUGAGAGCUCCAGCACUGGAGAGCAAAACAAGCCAAUUUUGACUAAAAGAAUCACCACUAGCGGCUCACAGUGCACGGAAAUCGACACAGUAUCUACCGGGGCACAGGAUGAUACCCGUCCUAAACAGAAACGCUAUGAAACUGCCUGAACCGGCCAUGCGGCCUAAACUGGAGCGGAGCCUGAAGUCUGGGGGAGACGGCCGAUCACCCGACAGGGGGCACGCACACAAGCGAGAGUCAGAAAUAGCCCUGCUACCCCCCCCUUUGGACCGGUGGGGGAUAUCCCGGUCCUCGCCGGGGACGAACAACCCCACACUAAAGCCUGAAACCCACCAGCUUCAGAGUGCCCCAGGUACUGCAGUUGUAAAAGCACUGAAUCAACCCAGGGAGAGCACGGAGCACACAGAAGACUGUCACACAGACUAUGCUGAUUACACAGCAAGGUUGGAUGCAAUCUUUACAGCAUUCUGGCAUAAGCUUGAAAAGCGCAUGCAAAAACGCGCAGAAAUCAAACACGAAGCCCAGCUCAUAAAGCAGCCACGAGGCGGGAGUAAAAUGUCCGCUGCUAAACAACCUCAGCGCGCACAGGGCCGACGACACCGUUCACCCCUGCACAACAACCCGCGAACCACAAUGACAGCUCGAAGCAGUAAACCUUUUGGGAAGGGAGUCAUACAGGGCCAUGACUUGACCCACCGUCCACAUACCCGGAGGGGCUUCGAGGAAGCAGAGCUCCGGAGGGCACACGGUUCCACCAAGAAAGGUAAAGGGACCCUUGGACACUGGGAAGUGACCCCUGUAACAACCCGAGCUGGAGGCUCUGAGCGGCCCCGUCACCACCACACCAGCCACCCUAGCCACUCACGGGGACACAAUCAUAUAUGGAGCCAUGAUCUAGAAGGCAGCAGACAAGAGGAGAUACCCCCAGCAUGGCCCGCAAGUGGGGUCGGUUGAACGCCGGCAGGUGCAAUCGCUAGCCACGUGAGCAGGGAACAGAGACAUUCCACGCAAUCUUAAACCAAGAUGCUCAGAAAAUCUCCCAGCGAGAUGUGUACCUAUAUUUACAAUGUGCCUAUACUUACAAUAAGCCUAUAAUUAUUGUGUGCCUCAAAUUCAUAUAUGCAUAUAACCACUGUAUUCCUACCCUUAGUAUAAUAACAUAUCCACAUAUAUGCUACCAACCGACCCACAAAUGACACACAACCCAGCACAACACAAUUCCAUGGCAACAUAACCCACUAUGAAACAUAUCUAUUGCUGUGAUGUAAAUGCACGUUGUCUUGCCUCUUUGUCACUCCUCUGAUCUCUUCUAACGAAGUGUUAAGCACCUCCUCAGGAGCAUAAUCUUAAGAGCAACAACCUCCAUUGUAUAAACACCUAGUUUAGCAGGUUAGCAAAUUUACUACUUACUUCUACCCCAACCUUACUAUUGUUACUCAUAAUAAUGUUAUCCAAGCAUACUCAUCGUAAUUUAACUGAAGAUGUUCAUUUAUAAUUGACUUUAUCACAUGCAUGUCUAGCGUAGAAUGUUUAAUACGUCUACUAAUGUUACAAAGCUUUUAACAUUACAGUUAACCAAUAAGCAUGUCUAACCUUUAACGAACACUCGACUUAUAUUAGCCUAUUAGAAUCAUACCAAAUAGACAAAGCGGAUUAUCAAUCUUACGUUUAACUAUUAAUAUGCCUAAAUACUUUAACAUGUUAUUUCAUAUAAGCAAUGUUUACUAGCCUGUUAUAUGCAUUUUUAACAAAAAAUGUGCAAAUGUAAAAAACCACGAACAUGUCUGCAUGAACCUGCCUGUGUCUGCUGUCGUGGCCACACGGGCCUGCAUGUAAAAUCUUUUGCACCAAAAAUAAAGAAUUUAAAAAAAAAAAAAAAAUGUCAGCAAGUCAUCAAAAAAUUAUUUAUUUAUUAAGAGAGGCAGUCUAAGUGCCCAAACUAAGCACCUGUAGUGGUUAGGUGGUACCAUUUGGCCGGGGGUGCCAGCCAUUGUUUUUGAGCCAAACCAUUUUUUCAAGCGGUUUUACCAAAUUCUGGAGUCCCCAAGGAGACCACUGAUUCCUAAUGCAGACUUUCCACUUGCACAUCAGUAAUAAGAAUUUCAUCCAUACUUGAAUAAUAAGCUGAGCCUUUCAGAAACUCCCCAUUUAGGACAAGCUGCUUGAAAUCACUUUUACCCAGAACCAGGAGACAAAGUCUGCAGUCUACUAGCAUCAUAACCACUACAAUAUAACGUAGUGGUUAUGGUUGUUAGUCUGCCCUUUAACGAUGCUUUAAUCUUGUUUGUCGAUGAUUGAAUUAAAACCAUGCACAUUAAGGUGUGGCAUUCUAGUUAUUGAUAAAGAUAUUUUCAAGUGCAAUAAACAUUUAACCUCAACUAAUCUGGAGUCAAACUAUUUCCAUUGUGUAUUUAGUUUUACUUGAAUGGUGUCCUCACUGCAAUUUUUUUUAUUUCUUAGGUUGUUUUACAAAGUCACGGUCCCAGAUUGAUUGCCAAACCCCAGCAGAUGAAUGAGAAAGCAUUCCGAUGUGACUAUGAUGGUUGCGGAAAGCUGUACACAACAGCUCAUCAUCUUAAGGUAAUGUGAUCUAUGAAAGGUCACACAGUAACAGUCAAUCAAUCAAUCAAUCACAAUUUGCUUCAAGGAUCACAAAGCAUUAUAUUACAGCUGUCUGGUCCUGAUAGUAAAUAGUAAUAAUGGAAUAUUCAACAUAACUCUUUAAGCGUGAUAGAUAUUGGCAAUUUGAGAAUGAUAUUUUACUUAUGAAAUCUAAAAGGGAAUUUUUGGGGUUGGCAUUUUGGUUGAUAAGUGCCAAUGCUUUUGAUUUAUCUUUUCUGUUUAAUGAAGGUUUUGUUAGGAUUGCAAUCUGCUAUAUUCUUUUUUUUUUCUCCAUGGAGAUAUUAAAAAGUAAUACUGUCCCAAUCAGGUGCAUGAACGGUCACACACCGGGGACCGGCCUUACCAGUGCGAGCACGGUGGCUGCGGAAAGGCAUUUGCAACAGGUAAUGCAUUCAUUCAUCAUUUAUUGGAUUUCCAAAUUUACAGCUAUAUGUCGUAGUGAAAUGCGUCUUUAAGAGCCAUCUCUAACCCAUUUUUUGGUAUUUGCAAGAAGCCACAUAUCAUGGGUUAGCUUAUUCCUGUUAAUGCUGAUAAACUGAAAAUAUAAUGGACUGUCUGUUAUGAGUACUCAGAAAUUAUUAUGGGACAUAGAAAUGUGGCCCAUGGUUACCCAUAUUUCUUGUCAGGGCUCUGCAAAUAGGCAUCAUAAAUCCCAGCUAUGUUGUGUCUUUUUAUCUGCCAUUUCUAUUUAUAUAUCUAUAUUAUGUCUUAAACUAUCUGUCCUUUACUGUACACCCAGGCUGAAAUUACUCUAUAUUGUUAUAGCAAUAUACAAAUACACAUUAAAAAAUUGUCCAUAAAUGUAACAGUUAAAAUAAUUAUCUCCAGAAUGUGCAACUUCAAACCAUGACCUCCGCACUGCCUAGUACAUCACUUAUAGUCUUCAGACAGUCCAACCCUCCUUUUGUUUCAAUGAUAGCUGCUCAGCAGGGUGUUAUGGUAGAUGUGGUUCAGGACUUUGCAGGAGUCUCAUUUAUAAGAAUAUGUGAAUGGAACUGCUGCUUAAAAUGAUAGAGGGUACAACAACUUACUGAUGGCUCCAUUCACGGUUUAAAGACCUACCUUGCUAACUGCUUCACAGAAUCCUGUUAUAGGUGAUGAACACGCUUUAUGAUGUGGUGCCCUUCCUUCCCUGUGGGCACGAUGCCAUACAGGUACUUGGAUGGUUAGGAGAAAACAUGUUUUAUUGAGUUGUUUUAUAGCCACAGUGAAUUUUGCAUAUCACUACAGAUUUAAGAAAUUAGGAAAAGGGUGAACAGGACACAGAAACAUAGAAACAUAGAAUGUGACGGCAGAUAAGAACCAUUCGGCCCAUCUAGUCUGCCAAAUUUUCUAAAUACUUUCAUUAGUCCCUAGCCUUAUCUUAUAGUUAGGAUAGCCUUAUGCCUAUCCCACGCAUGCUUAAACUCCUUUACUGUGUUAACCUCUACCACUUCAGCUGGAAGGCUAUUCCAUGCAUCCAGUGGUAGAGGUUAACACAGUAAAGGAGUUUAAGCAUGCGUGGGAUAGGCAUAAGGCUAUCCUAACUAUAAGAUAAGGCUAGGGACUAAUGAAAGUAUUUAGAAAAUUGGGCAGACUAGAUGGGCCGAAUGGUUCUUAUCUGCCGUCACAUUCUAUGUUUCUAUGUUUCUCUGUCCUGUUCACCCUUUUCCUAAUUUCUUAAAUCUGUAGUGAUAUAAGAAAUUAGGAAAAGGGUGAACAGGACAGAGAUGCUCCUUGUACCAUAAUCUAUGCAAGGCGCAUGAGAUGUUACUAAAUUUGGGCAUAACUUGAAAUGUCAGGGUAGAAUUGAAUUAAUUUGAGGGAAAUCUGUUUGCAAAUCUGUUUUAUAAAAGAGCUUAUGUUACACAGGUUUUGUCAGAAAGCAAAAGGAUAUUUGUUGAUUCUUCCUGGUGAAAUAGAUUAUAAAUAAAAAUUGAUGUAAAUCACUCUGACAAAUUUACGUUUAUUAUGUAAAUUCAAUUUUUAUUAUUUUUACAUCAGGUUAUGGUUUAAAAAGUCACGUCCGAACACACACCGGUGAGAAGCCAUACAGGUGUACAGAAGAAAAUUGCACUAAAUCUUUCAAAACAUCGGGGGAUCUGCAGAAACAUAUCCGAACACACACAGGUAGGAAAACUUUACACUCAUAUCUCUGUCUUCUCCAAACCUGCGAUGUGUAAUAAACCAGACACAUUUCUCUGAAACAUAAGCCAAAAGGAAUUACCUGCACACUAUCCUAAAUCCCUAUGCUCAUUUAAACAGAAGGGUUUUUAAUGGCCAUUAAAUUGUAAGCUCACCUGCCAAGUCAAGGCAAACCUCUUAGGUGAGUCCUACACUAACAAUUCACCUUGCUGCCUUAAACUUAAAUGCAAAAAUCUCUGAGGCAGAAUGGGAUAUACUUGUAAACCACUUAUUAACCCUUAAUAGGGAACACAUGGGGUGGGUGGCAGCACUGUAACAUGGCUUUGUAAUACAGAAGCAAAUACAAACAUACAAACUUAAGCCAAACAAAAAUGAACUCAAACACAUUUAAAAACACUUUUUGGCAUCAGAGGGAAAUGAUGAAUCUGACUUUAACUGCAAGUAAACUGUCAGUACAGACAGCAGUUACAAUAAACUGGGAGCAGAAAUGGGUGAAAUAUGAUUAUCCAUUGAUUGGCACUGGCUAUUUCAGCUGAUCUUUUUCCAUAAACUCCUGGCCCAACUUGUUCACCCUACUUGUUUUGUAUGUUACUUUUACUAAUUUGAGCAGACUAGGAGUCUGCAGAAAUGUGACUGUGGAAAUCUGGGAGAGAUGUAGAAACACAUGGGGAAAUUUAUCAAAAUCUUGUAAAAAGUGUUGGUUAAAUUCUGUCAUUACUCUGGUCAUAUUAUUAAAGUGAUAUAAAAAGGGAUGUUUUUCUUUAUAGUAAAUUCCUCCAGUUUUUGCAGAAAUAUCCAUUUCAGAAAACCACCAAAUUUAUAGUGGCAGAAAAAAUCUGCAACUUUUUCAGGCAGCAAAGAACUAUUCAUAAAUCUGUUGCCGCUGCAAAAUUGAAUUAAACAUUAGAUGGAAAGUGUUGAAAACACUUUGAUAAAUCUCCCCCACUGUCUCCCAGAGCUGCUGUAAGUGUUUGAUAUAUGCAUGAGAUACAAAAAUAUAUGUAGGGUUAGUCUAGCACGUACAACAUGGAAAGGAUCUAGGAUUUACUUGAACCACCAUUUUCUCUUUCUUACACUGGAAUAUUCUAGUCUUGGCCUGCAAGCGUGGAAAUUUCUCCCUGCAAUUUAUUUUUAAGUGUUUUUUUUUAUACCCAAAUCUGUGUGAGUUUACAAACAAUGGCAAUAAAUAGUAAGACUGAUGUUUUAAUUUUAUUUGUAUUUGUUUGCUUUUAUAAUCUAAAAAAAUAAUUUGUUUUGUUAUUUGCACAAAUUUGUUACAUUAUUAACCAUAGCACCAGCAUAUAGAUCAGAGUGAUGCUCAAAGUUGUAUUUUUGGAGUUUGCUAAAUACACGAAGAAUGAAACCAAAAUAAAGUUUCAAUUAUUUGUUUUUAAAUGUCAGUCCUGUCCACAGUGUUUGACUAUAGCAGCCUGUGCUUUGAGACAAACCUUCGGUGCAUCAGUUGUUUUCCAGUUAUGUAAGACCUUCUGUUAUUUUUUAAAAUGUUUGUUCUUCGAUACCGGUUUCACCACAACUCAUUCAUAGCUGGUCAUUUUACUGAGCACUGUUCUGUUAUGACAGAUUGUUGCUACAGAAACAGUGUAUUAUAUAAUAUUCUCCAGCAGGCAGCUGGAUUUGGCACAGAGCAUGAGUCUGUGUGUUUUGGGAGGGGUGUGAGCAUUUUCCAGACAUGGAGACUUAGAACAGGACAUUUUGUUCUUUUGCUGAAGCACUCACUUUUACAUGAUAUUUUUCCUAAAAAGUGUUUGAAUCAGGUAUGUAGCUCAAUAAAAGCAACAUAACACAAUGUCCUUAAGGUUCCUCACCUAAAACCGGAACUACAAUUCAGUAAUUAUUUUUAAACAGAGAUGUGGAUUCAAUUUGCUGCCUGUAAAUACAUAGUAAAUUCCUUUCCCACUCUCACCCUUUGCUUUUUUUUAUCUAAAGUUUUGUUUGAAAUAAAAAAAUAAAAUAACAAUAAUCUUCAUUUUCAUUUGGAAGAUGUCUGCAAAUGUACUAAAACAACAAUUCUCAUGAAACUCAGCCUGUUUGACAUGAUGCUCAUACAUACAGUCACGAUCUAGUUUAAUCUCUCCCAUUUAGUAGUUAUAAACUUCCAUACAUUUUUUUCCCUACAGCAGUACUUUUAAAAGAAUUUCCUUAAAACAAAAUCUUUAUAUUAGUGAAAGGGACACUCUAAAAACGAAAACAAGUUUAGCUUAAAGGAACACUAUGUAUUCUUAACACUUUAGUGUAAAACCAAAUAUUUAGGUACCCGGCCCCUCUCCGAUCGCAUGGGAAAGUUGAGUUCAUUCACCUUUUUUUCCCCACACAGUGCCGGGCUUGCUGUGGCUGUCCCCACCUUUUUUGCUGAGAUCAUCCAAAUUGAAUCCAAUGUUUUCCCAUAGGAAAGCAUUGGGGGUUAUUGUGCCUCCAUGACAAAAUGGCAUGCUGAGCCAAUCAGCAUCUCCUCAUAGAGAGGCAUUGAAUCAAUGCAUCUCUAUGAAGAGCAUGGGUACCCUGAGCAUAGGUACUUCCCACUGUGCAGCACUGGACUAGGAAGCACCUCUUGUAGCCAUCUGCGUGACAGUCACUAGAGGUGUUACUAGGCAGCAAUGUAAACACUGCCUUUUCUCUUAAAAAGCAGUGUUUACAUUAAAAUUCCUGCAGGGCAUCAGGUUAUAAACACCAGAACCGCUAAAUAAAGCUGUAGUGGUUCUGGUGACUAUAUGGUCCCUUUAAUGAAGUGGUUUUAUUUAUAGAUCAUGCCCCUGCAGUCUCACUGCUCAAUUCUCUUUUCUCACUUUGUUUCUGCAGCCAUAGUCACACCUCACACAGAGCAGGAGAUAAGAACGUCUAAAUUAAAUACUAUGUGCUGUAGGGAAAAAUAGAAUGUUUUCUGCCUAAUUAUUUUAUUUCACUGUCCUCUGCUAAGUAAAUGUUUCAUAAAUUAAAUAUUUUGUUUCUGCAGGAGAAAGACCAUUUAAGUGCCCAUUUGAAGGCUGUGGAAGGUCAUUCACAACAUCUAACAUCCGAAAGGUUCACAUACGGACGCACACGGGAGAAAGACCAUACUACUGUUCAGAACCGGGCUGUGGCAGAGCUUUUGCCAGCGCAACGAACUAUAAAAAUCAUGUACGGAUACACACAGGUACUCCAUCUUUAUAUGGUAUUUAAUUAUGGGACAGCUUGGAAGUAUUCAAAGAAUGUGCUGUGUGAGCAAUACCCUUCUAAUUAAUAAAAACACGCAGCUGUCCAUUAUGGCUGACGGCUCCAGGACACAAUGAACUGUUCCUAACUAAAUAAUAAAUAAUUUCCAAAUGGUUAGACCUGCGCACAUCUCUAUAAUCAAGAAUUUUUAUUCCUGAGUGCUUUGGCUUGAAUGAAGAGGAAUAUAAAAAACUGUCCUUUGCAAGAUUAGUAUGUGCAUGUUAUAAUGUUUUGUGUAUUAGCAUCCUAACAUGUUGUACUGGCUUGCAUUAUGUUGCUGUAUGAUGGCGUGCUUUUAUUUAUUUGUGUAGUUCAUUUUACACCUGUUCUAGUUUCUAUAGACUUACUUUGCCAUUCUCUGAGAGGGCCCUACCAUGUUUCCUUUUUUGCAUUCUGACCAUUCCCUCUGUCUCUCCAGGUGAGAAGCCUUAUGUAUGCACAGUACCAGGCUGCGAUAAACGCUUCACUGAAUAUUCUAGUUUGUAUAAGCACCAUGUGGUCCAUACACACUCGAAACCUUACAACUGCAACCACUGUGGGAAGACAUACAAGCAGAUCUCCACACUUGCAAUGCACAAGCGAACAGCACACAAUGACACAGAACCCAUCGAGGAGGAGCCGGAGAGCUUUUUCGUUCCACAGCCACGUGAGUGACCACACUGCAAAGCAGAUCUCUCACUUGUGUGUUUUUUUACACUUUAUAUUUGUCACUUGUGUGCUUUGCAGUUUAAAUAUUUCACUCGGGGGGAGGAGGAGUCCUUCAGAAUCAUCACCAUUUGCACCUGCGCCUUUAGCUCCAGGAGGCCUCCUUGCCAGAUUUCAUGUCAAUUGCUACCGCGAAAUCCCUACUUUGUUAGAAGUAUAAAUUCUAUCUAUCUAGUGCAGUAUACAUUUUCUAUUGAAUAGUUAUUCUAUCUCAAAAUGUAAACAAUACAGUCAAAAAAUAAAAUGUAAAAAUAAUAAUAAAAACUGUAUAUCUUCAAUACAAUAAGUUAAAAUAUAUUUUAAAGCUGCUAAACACAUAAAAGGUAAUUCCCAAAACCUUUGAAAAUCAGUGUCUAAGAAAAAAGUGUCAGCGCUAAAAAGUCUCCCUUAUAAUAACAAUGUCUUUGAUGAUGUUGCAAAGUAAAAGUUUACUUUAUAUCCACAGUUCAAUAUUCCUUAAAUGGAUACCGGGAGUAGGGAGGAUUAAAAAAUAUCAAAAAACACUUAGACAGUGUAUGUGUGUGUGUGUGUGUGUAUGUGUAUAUAUAUAUAUAUAUAUAUAUAUAUAUAUAUAAAAUCAAAGUAUAUAUUAUUUAAUUAAAAACGGUUAUUGACUUUUAUUUUAACUUUUUUCAUCCAGCAGGGGGACUACCUGUAAUCACAGGCACUCCCCCUGCUGACACUGCUGUGGACCUCGCGAUCACAUGGCCCAGGAGGGACAGAACGGCAACAGGGGGACUCCCUGGGAUGACAGGUGAUUCCCCCCACCGUGAUCAGCGGGGACGUGCUAUGCUGCCCGCCGUCCUUAAGGGGUUAAAGAAAACUAGAGCAGACAGGAAGAAACAGAGAACAGAUCCUGAGAGAGGUAGAGAAGAGGAAUAGAUUAAAGAAAGAGAAGUUCGGUAUUACAGUGCCACUUUAACAAACGUGUAUCAGAGUAUUGCUUAUUGGCUAACACUAUGGUGCUGGGUUUAAAACUGACCUGUCUGUGCCUGGAUGCUUCAUUUAAAGCAACAGCACCUCGGUGACACAAGAUUUGAUGUUUACCUUUAGGGCAGCUUGCAUAGCCACUCAUCACGCUUCACAACAAGUGUGAACUCUGGAUUAACCAAUUGUUAUUAAUACCAGGAUCCCUGCUGGAUGCAGUGCCCAGGUGCUGUCACAGAGGAUUUGUCUGUUUAAUUAAUAAAGCACCUGUUGGGAGGAGACAUAGCUUUUUAUGUGCCAAGUCCACACAGCGAUACAGCCAUGCAGCGAACAGGCAGCUGUUCACCAUUGUCUGACCCAAAAAGCAUCCGUUAGCAUUGUGUACACAGUAUGAAACUGUACCUGGCAUAGCUUUGCCAUAUUCACUCCUGACCGUUAUAUACAGAGUCUGAAACAAUGAAAUUGAACCUCCUUGUCCGGAACAGCUGCCAGGCUGGGAAAUUAAUGGAUAUUCCUGUUUAUUUAGGACUUUCACUGUUUGACGGCUGCCAUUCACAAUAUAUAAUUACAAAUUGCUCCCUACUCACCUCAUUACGUCAAACAGCAGCAAAAUAAUUUAUUUUUCUAUCAUUAGGGCGAAUUAAGCAAAUUAAUUAAAAUCAUUGGUGAGGGAAAUUUUAAUGAAAGCAUUACAGGGAAUUAAUUGGGUGCGAUAUUUGAAUGAAGGCAGUACAUUGAGGGAUAUAUAAAAAGCAUUUCAUUGGGGAGAUAUAUUCAAAUGAAGGCAGUACAGGGAGGGAUAUAUAAAUGGAGGCAGUACAAGCAUUUCAUUGGGGAGAUAUAUUCAAAUGAAUUACAUAAUUGGAAUUAUUUGGGAACUGAUAUUUAUCCAAACUUUUUUAUUGGAAAUUAUGCAGAGUGUCAGCAGCAGUGUGGGUGUCUAGAUGACCGAUUCCAUUUAAAUAAGAUAAAGAACAAAACAAAGCGCCAUACGUUAUGUAUAUCUGAAAGUGCGGAAUCUUAUUAGGCCAGAGAAGCCAUUGUGCAGUAACCAUGUGCCAGUUCAGCAAGGAUAGAGCAGGGAGCAUGAACAAGUUUCGCCUUUUGUUAAAAUAUAGGGGGUUUUUUUGUCCCCAAGCUGGGAAAAGAGAAUGAGGUAGCAUCCCCAUCGAGACCCGUGUUCAAGUGCUCCACCCCUCCCUACCGUUAGAGUCUGACUUGGGGAGGAAUAUCUACCCUUGGUAAAGAGCUGCGCUGUCUGGUAAUGUUGUUGUAACAAAGUGUGUGGAUGAGCUGAAGAUGAGCAGUUUCCCUAGCUUGUCCCCAGUCAGUAAAAUAACUAUAUGAAGAUGGAGCAUGACCUUAUAUGCCAGACAUUGCAGCAAGGUAACAGUAGAGGGCGCUAAAAAGUCCACCUUCCUGAAAGCACACGCAGCACAUGGUGGAUUUAAAGACACAAGCAUCACCUAAAGACAACUCAUUCAAAAGAUUUAACUUUGAAUUAGACAGUUGUCUCAUACAGCAGGUAGUAAAAGCAAAUAAAUAUGAUUUAUUAAUUUUUUUCCUCCCUCAUAUUUACCUGCUUAUUCUGCAUUUUCCACACCCCCUCCUAGACAGCAGCCCUUUAACUGAAAAUAGCUGAGUUUUCCUGCAGGUCCCAAUAAAACCUUUCAUUAUAGUAAAAUCACCAUUCAUUAACUUCAGCAACCUCAGUAUGUACACAAUGCCGUCAUUGUGUAACUUCAAUCUCAACAGCCUGUAAUCUCUGGCCUUUCUAACCUUACUGAGAGCUAGACAUUAUCUCAUUUAUUAUGUGCAUUGUGGCUAUUUGUUAACUAGUGGCUGGUUUUAUUCUCUUACCUUUACAUUGUGAAACACACAGGUGGUAUGUUUCUCUCCUUUAUAAGGUUAUAUAAUGACCUGUUACAGGUGGGCUGAUUAUAAUUAAUAUGUGUGCUCUGAUCAGUACCUGUGUUAUAAUGUACUGUAUGAGCCAUCUCUGUAAGCUAUUAUUCACCUUUAUAUCCUCAAUCCGCGGUUAUUAUGUUACGGUUAUCACCCUCAUAGUCUCCUACCAUCACACCCUCCUAUCUCAGACACGCACUCUCGCUCCCUCCUGUUUAGACACGCACUCUCGCUCCCUCCCAUUUCAGACAACCACUCUCGCUCCCUCCCUUCUCAGACACCCACUCUCGCUCCCUCCCUUCUCAGACACCCACUCUCACUCCCUCCCAUCUCAGACACCCACUCUUGCUCCCUCCCAUCUCAGACACCCACUCUCGCUCCCUCCUGUUUAGACAUGAACUCUCGCUCCCUCCCUUCUCAGACACCCACUCUCGCUCCAUCCCAUCUCAAACACGCAUUCUCGCUCCCUCCCAUCUCAGACACGCACUCUUGCUCCCUCCCAUCUCAGACACGCACUCUUGCUCCCUCCCGUCUCAGACACGCACUCUUGCUCCCUCCCGUCUCAGACACGCACUCUUGCUCCCUCCCGUCUCAGACACGCACUCUUGCUCCCUCCCAUCUCAGACACGCACUCUUGCUCCCUCCCAUCUCAGACACGCACUCUUGCUCCCUCCCAUCUCAGACACGCACUCUUGCUCCCUCCCAUCUCAGACACGCACUCUCGCUCCCUCCCAUAUCAGACACGCACUCUCGCUCCCUCCCAUAUCAGACACGCACUCUCGCUCCUUCCCAUAUCAGACACGCACUCUCGCUCCUUCCCAUAUCAGACACGCACUCUCGCUCCUUCCCAUCUCAGACACCCACUCUCGCUCCUUCCCAUCUCAGACACCCACUCUCGCUCCUUCCCAUCUCAGACACCCACUCUCGCUCCCUCCCAUCUCAGACACCCACUCUCGCUCUCUGCCGUUUAGACCUGCACUUUUGCUUCUUCACGUCCUUGGAGAAGGGACGAGACAGGGGGGGAUAUGAUCGAAACAUUUAAAUACAUAAAGGGAAUCAAUACAGUAAAGGAGGAUACUAUAUUUAAAAGAAGAAAAACUACCACAACAAGAGGAUAUAGUCUUAAAUUAGAGGGGCAAAGGUUUAAAAAUAAUAUCAGGAAGUAUUACUUUACUGAGAAGGUAGUGGAUGCAUGGAAUAGCCUUCCAGAUGACGUGGUAGAGGUUAACACAGUAAAGGAGUUUAAGCAUGCGUGUGAUAGGCAUAAGGCUAUCCUAACUAUAAGAUAGGGCCAGGGACUAAUGAGAGUAUUUAGAAAAUAGGGCAGACUAGAUGGGCCGAAUGGUUCUUAUCUGCCGUCACAUUCUAUGUUUCUAUGCAUGCCCCCUGAAAUCAGAGACAUUCUCGCGUUCUCCCAUCUCAGACACGCACUCUUGCUCUCUGACGUUUAGACCUGCACUUUUGCUUCCUCCCGUCACAUGCAUGCCCCUGCAAUCAGAGACAGGCAAUCUCGCUCUCUCCCAUCUCAGACACACACUCUCGCUCCCUCCUGUUUAGACAUGCACUCUCGCUCUCUCCCAUCUCAGACACGCACUCUCGCUCUCUCCCAUCUCAGACACGCACUCUCGCUCCCUCCUGUGAAAGACAUGCACUCUCGACCCCUGCUGCCACACACACACUUGCCCCCUGCGGUCUCAUGAUUAUUUACUAAACCAAAAAUUGUGGUGAAUUGGCCUAGAUUGCCAAUUUUAGGUCAAAAUAUUUCAGCUGGAAAAAUAGACAUUUUGGAUACUUUUUUGAGUUCAACGAUUUCCCCAACAAUUCCAGUUUAGUUAAUGAUCCUUAACCUUCCUUUCCUUAAUGUAUUGUUAGUUGGAGGAGAAGGAGAUUGCUGCACAGAGCAGACUGAACAUAGAAAGUGAAUGUCCUGACUUUACAAGUGAAUUGAUACAGCUAUAGAAACUAGGUUUUUAUGUUGUGGUUUCAGACCAUUUGCAUUUUCUUUGUUGUUGGUUCCAUUAAACUCACUGUGUUAGAAUGCUCGUUUAGAUGCUUAUCAUGAGGAGCAAUGUUUUUGGAUAACUAAAGGACAAGUUUGUAAUGUUUGCCUUUUAGUAAUCCUCAAUCAAUGCAAAUAACAGCUAGAUAAAGCAGAAUGUUUUAGGAUCUGUCUGGGCUUAAAGGCUUAUGGAUAAACCACAGUCAGCAAGUUUAUAUUAACCAAUUCUUUCUUCAUCUAAACGCUGUCAACUAAAGGGACAGGUUCUCCAUAUCUGUGUGAGCAUUCCACUCUGCUCCUUGCAUGUAGUGUUAACAGCAUGUCCUGUAAACUGAUUCUCUCGUUCCUCCUAGAGAUUGGUUUUAUUGCUACUGCCAUGCCAUUAGACAGUAGCUGUUUGUGUCUUGUGACCCAUACAUGUUGCAUUAUGAUUAUAUUUCAUUGUGACUCUUGUCUAAUCUAGUCCUUUAUCUGGCACAAUCGGUCUCUAAAGCCUGUGGUUCACACUCCUGAUCCUCUACAAUAAGAUUGCCUGCCAGCUCUAAUGAUGACAACAUUUCUGACUAAGCGUGACAUUUAGGGAAUAUGUAUUAACAUGGAAACAGCUAUCCUGUAUGCUGUGCCAAGCAAAUGUGACUGCAGCAUUGUCACUUAUCGCAUCAGGAAUCUAGAUGCUAUAAUUUCCCACCAGUGGUACAGUCAACCCUGCAUUCAUUCCCUGCCCUAAUGAACAAUCUGUUUUAUUGAUUUGCACUUGUAAUGAAGACAUAUCUGCACAAGCAAUAAUGCAGCUUGCAGUGUGUGUCUUGCUUCUGAUUCCCUGCAUUGUUUAUUAUUACAGCUGAUGAUGUCCUGAAAGGUCCUCAGAUCACUUACGUCACAGGUGUGGAAACAGAGGAUGGACUCCCAGCAGCGGUAACUCAGUCUGGACAACAGCUAGCACUUAUUGCCCAAGAUGGGACACAACACGUGAGUAAUUCUGCAAUCUCAAUCAGUUGGCAAUUCUUUAACACAUUAAAGUAAAGUAUAGCAGAUGCCAAAUGACAUUCUGGGACAAAUUACACAAUGGAACAUAGAUAAGGGAAAUUGCUUAGAAAAAAAACAGCAUGCACAAAAAUAAACCACCAUCAUCAGGGAUGCCGGGGCAUGUUUGAUAUGUGCAACCAGUAGUAUAGAUACAAAUCUACUUCAUUUGAUUUCUAGAGAUAGAACACUGAAGGGUUAGAUAGUUAAUAUAUGCUGCUUUAGUCUGUGUUCCCUGGGAUCUUUUUUGAGCAGGGGCCAUAUACAUUGAUUGCAUCAGUUUCUGGGUCCAAUAAUGUAACAAUUCACUCAGUGGCCAUUUCUUUUCUCACACAGGUGGCAAUAGUUGCUCAAGACCUAUCUGCCUUCCACACAGCAUCUGCUGAGCUCAGCCAUUCACAACACAGCCACCACUUAGUGACCUCAGAAAGCAGGCCAGUAACCUUACUGGCCACAUCAAACGGAACACAAAUUGCAGUGCAGGUAAGUCGGUGCAUGUUAAUGCAUUAUUUUAAAAGUGCAGGGUUUUCUCUUUAGAGAAAGAAUUACAUUUUUUUCCCCUCUUUUUUUUCCCUUCAGCUUGGUGAGCAGCAAUCAUUGGAGGAAGCCAUCAGGUUAGCGUCGAGGAUACAACAAGGUGAAUCUCCAGGCAUGGAAGAUUAA